GUGUGUUUGUUUGGGAACUCUGAGGUGUCCUUGAGAGAUUUCUUACGCUCAGGAUCAUCAGAGGAAGUGCUUCUGCACAUCAUCGGAGCAGCAGUGGGCAGGAAGAAGAAACAACGUGCAGGAAUGUUCAAUAUCUCCAAGAUGAAGAACCGGCCUAUGAUCCUCAUGGGUGACAUGGCUCAAGACUUCCCACUCUGCCACCCGCUCCCCUUGGACCACGUCUCCGUCACCUUUCACCUGGAUGAGCUGCAGGAUGCUGCGGUCAUCACAGCAACGUGUUGCACUAUGGGAAGGACAGGGGUCGAGAUGGAGGCCUUGACAGCAGUUUCUGUUGUGGCAUUGACCAUCUAUGACAUUUGCAAGGCCGUGAGCCAUGACAUCGUCAUCACAGAUGUCAAACUGGUCAGUAAGUCAGGCGGGAAGAGGGACUUUCAUCGUCACCCGCAGACCUUCCCCCUCAACAAUAAAUAA